AGGAGUUGGCUGGUGCUCGUGGUGCUGAUGUUGUUAUUUUCGUAGCAUCGUUACCGUUAAACGACUGACGUUUGAGGAGGGUGUAAAAAUAUCCUUCUAACUUCAAAGUAUGUCAAGGAAUAACUUGGUCGAGGUCCUGACGCGAUAGUUUAACAUUUCAUCGUUUUAUUAAAAGUCGUCUCGGUGAUAUUAGCCGUUGAAAUGCUAAUGACAUUGAGGCUAACGUUCUAGCUCAGAGCUUGCCAGCGUGCAUUUUAUUUUUAGAUGAAUAACGUGUAACUGCGUUAACAGCAUGUCACCGUGAGAUUUCUCGUACAGUUAUGUAAGUAACAUAAAAAACCUAACAGUUAUAAAUAACUGACAUAAACGUUAAUUGCUGUUAUCGGUCUGUGGCAGUAUGAACACGCCACUCGGGAGGAACGGGCUGAUCGGGCUGGCCGUGGGAGCUACAGCUGGGUUAGGAUUGAUCGCUUUCUUAAUCUAUCGAGAGAUUAACAGGAGGAAAUGCCAGAGUAUGGUGAUGGAGGCCCGUGCAGCCCCUCGGCUGCUGCUGGAGGGAGUGGACGGAGCUGCUAAUCUGCGGGAGGCGCUGGAUGCUCAGGAGGCUGAGGCCCAGCAGCAGGCUCUGGCUGCAGUGGAAGCAGCGGUGCAGGGUCUGUCCCCAGAGCAGCAGCUGGAGCUUAGGAACCAGCUGGACCAGGUGCUGAACUGCGUAGCCUCACUGCGCUCAGAAGUGGCUGAGCUGAGGGGUGGACUGCAGGACAUCGCUGUGCAAAUUAUCCAGGAUGUUAAAAAGGGAGUGGAGGACAGUCAGCGAGUUCGACGACGUCGGCACUAUGUCCACAGAGAGCGCACUGACUCCACCAGCUCCAGCUCCAUCUACUUUACUGCCAGCCAGGGCAUGGCCAGUAAUUAUGAAGAGACCAGUGAAGGAGGAUACUCGACAGCCUACGCUGAGUCUGACUACACAGACCGGGACACAGACAGGGAGGAGCCAGAGCCCGAGCCUGAGCCUGAACAGGAGUCUGAGGAAGAAGAGGACAAGAGCUGUGCCACCGUUCUCACCCUUCGCCAGGAAGACUCCCAGGAGGAGGAGGUGGAGGAGAGGGGGCUUGAAGAGGAGGAGGAGGAGGAUGAGGAUGGAGGAGAGGAGAGCAGGCUGCAGCUGAUGACAGAUGUUCCUAGUGGAGAGCUGGCUCUGCUGCUGGCUCAGAGCGACAUCCUUCACACGGGAGACGCUCGUCUGAAGGCUGAAGGUUUUCAGCUGCUGCUGGACAACAGAGCCGAGUAUGGAGAAAGCAGGGAGUUUCUGUGGCGACUGGCUCGGGCUUACAGUGACAUGUACGAAUCCACUGAUGACAAACAAGAGAAGCAGAAUUACGCACAACAAGGUCGACAGGAGGCAGAGUUAGCUCUGAAGAAGAAUGGCCUAAAUGCUGAGUGCCAUAAAUGGCUGGCUGUGCUGACAGGACUGACCUCCCAGCAUGACAGCAUGCACAGCAAACUGAAGAGUGGCCACAUUUUAAAGGAGCAUCUGGACCGAGCCAUCGCCCUCAGAGAUGAUGACCCCAUGUGUUUCUACCUGCUUGGCAGGUGGUGCUAUGAGGUUGCCACUCUGGACUGGCUGGAGAAGAAGGCUGCAGCUGCCCUCUACCAGAGUCCCCCCACCUCCACACUGCAUGAUGCCCUGGAGAACUUUCUCAAGGCAGAAGAGCUCAGCCCAGGUUUCUCCAAGACUGUGAGACUUUACAUUGCAAAGUGUCACCAGGAGCUUGGAAAUGUUUCUGAGGCGACAAACUGGACCGAGCUUGCUCUAAAGAUGAACACCAACAACCAUGACGAUGAAGAAAUGUCCAAACUGGAGGCUCAGCUCCGAGUGUUAACCACCAGAAAAAUCUGAACCAAACAUUUCCUCUAAGAUCCAGCAGACGUCUCUGAUUGGCUCUUCAGACUGCUGCCCAUCCAAUCAGAAGUGCUCAAUAAACAGCACACACCCUUUUUUCUUUUCUUUUUUUUUGGCUCACCUGUCACUGGUGUUUAUUCGUCAUACUGUCACUGUGAAAUGAUGUAGAGUUUAUCGAUGUUUACUUCUUGGUUCUUCAAAAUUAAACUGAAUCACUUUAACAAAGUUAAUAUAUAUUGUAUUGAAGAUGAUAUUUAUUAUAUUCUUUAUUUUAUUUAACAACUCUUUUGCCUUUUUAACAGAUUAAGCUAAAGCACUAUCACCUCAAUUUCGUCAUGUUAAAGGAGCAGUUCACCUAAAUCACAGACAGAUAGAAGGUUAGCAUUUAGGUUUUAUUUAAGGGAACAAUUAAAGAGACUUACUACUUAGAAUGUGAACUAGUAGAUACAGAUAUACUACAGGUUUUUAGAGUUAUUGUUAAUUUAUUUAGGCGUUUUUAGUGCCUCAGAGCAGUUAAUGCUACAUUCAAAUGGAAAUCUAAAAAUUGGGACAUCUUGUCCAGAAAAGUCUUGGUGUUCUUGGUUUAAUAUAGGCACCAAAAAAUGUCAUAUUCUUAUCCAGGCUUUCCGCAUGGAAAUGCUAACUUUACAUAAUUUCUCUGUAAUGAAACGCCACAUAAAGGGAACAGAGACAAAAUAACAAGCAUGGGGAUCUAGAUUAAGGCUUGCCAUAGCUCUUUUUGGUCCCUUAUGUGGCUGAAAACUGAAGUCAAUGGGCUCCAGUAUUUUAGAAAACACUGGUGAACAUGUCGCAAGUCGUGAACUCGAAGCUCUUUGAAAAUAUUUCUUAUCAUGUAAUGAAAUACCGUGAUGGAACGUGACAAACAUGACCUCAUAUAAGGCACCUUAAGAACUAAAAGAGACCAAAAGCUUGUUUACAUGAGGUCAGCAUGCUUAAAUAUGAUUGAUUUCUUGAGUUGAUGCAGGGAAUUGUCUGUUAUAAAGGAAAUUUACUGAUAAAAGUGAAGUAAGAGAAAUCAGGAAACCGCUCAGUGUGAUCAGGGAAUUUAGAAAGCUUUAAGGGGAACAAAAAUGACCACUAAAGAAAUCAAAUGACCUUUAUUCUUCAUGGAUUAAUGGUUUAUUUGUUCAGCUGGGUCCAUGUUAUGUUUGGUAUUAGUGGGUGUUAUAAAAAUUCGUUGAUACUGUAGUAUUUUUGGUUUUAAUUUCUUUAUAAUAAAUAAAAGUUCCAACUUUAAAUCAUGUGACAAAAGCAACAAAGCAGCUGUUUUUGGCCAAGAAUGAACAGAGUGAACUCAUUUGCUAAAUUUUGACACAUUUAGCACAUGGAGUGCUCUCUUUGGUGUUUUCCUUAAAGUAUUUGACUGCCUUUGAAUUAUGGGUGAAUCUGUUCUUUUUAAAGUGAAAGUGAAUCUGCAGUUUUUAUUUGUGAUCUGACACUUUAUUUUCUAUUUUUUUAUUUAUUCUUGUUAAGGUUGCUUUGCAGUCACUGCUGUGAGCUAACAUCAUGUUUAAUAUUAUUGAUAAUCCAGCCUGAAAGGUUAAAAUGCAAAUUGACACUUGGAUAAUAAUGAAUAAAAUUCUGUUUCUUAA